GACCCACCGCAUCAAAGUGAUACAAGAACUAUUUAUAUAGCAAAUCGUUUUCCCCAGCAUGGCCAUUAUGUUCCUCAGAAGUUUGCGGACAACAGAAUCAUAUCAUCCAAGUAUACAGUGUGGAAUUUUGUUCCAAAAAACUUAUUUGAGCAGUUCAGAAGAGUAGCCAACUUUUAUUUUCUGAUUAUAUUUUUGGUUCAGCUCAUGAUAGAUACCCCUACCAGUCCUAUUACCAGUGGAUUGCCAUUAUUCUUUGUCAUAACUGUGACAGCCAUAAAACAGGGUUACGAAGACUGGCUACGACAUAAAGCAGACAAUGAAGUAAACGGUGCUCCGGUUUAUGUUGUUCGAAGUGGUGGCCUUGUAAAAACUAGAUCUAAAAACAUUCGGGUGGGGGACAUUGUCAGAGUAGCCAAAGAUGAGACUUUUCCUGUUGAUCUGGUGCUUCUGUCAUCUGAUCGAGUCGAUGGUUCAUGCCAUGUUACUACUGCAAGUUUGGAUGGAGAGACCAAUCUUAAGACACAUGUUGCAGUCCCAGAAACAGCAGUGUUACAGUCCGUUGCCAACCUGGACAAACUUGUAGCUGUUAUAGAAUGUCAGCAGCCGGAAGCAGAUCUAUACAGAUUUGUUGGAAGAAUAACUAUAAGUCAACAAACUGAAGAAAUCGUACGACCUCUUGGGCCUGAAAGUCUCUUACUUCGUGGAGCAAGAUUAAAAAACACUAAAGAAAUAUUUGGUGUUGCAGUGUAUACAGGUAUGGAGACAAAGAUGGCAUUAAAUUACAAGAGUAAAUCUCAGAAACGGUCAGCAGUAGAAAAGUCCAUGAAUUCCUUUUUGAUUAUUUAUCUAAUAAUCCUCCUCUUUGAAGCCAUUCUGAGCACUAUUUUAAAGUAUGCAUGGCAAGCUGAAGAAAAAUGGGAUGAGCCUUGGUAUAAUGAAAAAACAGAGCACGAAAGAAACAGCAGUAAGAUUCUGAGGUUUAUUUCAGAUUUUCUUGCUUUUCUGGUACUUUACAAUUUUAUCAUACCUAUUUCACUUUAUGUGACUGUUGAGAUGCAGAAAUUUCUUGGAUCAUUUUUUAUUGGCUGGGAUCUUGACCUCUAUCACGAAGAAACGAACCAGAGAGCACAAGUAAAUACUUCAGAUCUCAAUGAGGAAUUGGGACAGGUGGAGUAUGUGUUUACAGACAAAACCGGUACAUUAACUGAAAAUGAGAUGCAGUUUCGAGAGUGCUCCAUUAAUGGCAUAAAGUACCAAGAGAUCAAUGGUAAACUAACUCCAGAGGGGUUUUCUGAAGAUUCUCCGGAUGGAAAUAGGCAUAGUUUGAUGAAAGAGGAAGAACUCUUCUUGAAAGCAGUUUGUCUUUGUCAUACAGUGCAGAUCAAUGCAGAUCAAACAGAUGGUGCUGAUGGUCCCUGGCAUGCCAAUGGCAUAGCAUCCCCGUUGGAGUAUUAUGCUUCUUCACCAGAUGAGAAAGCUUUAGUUGAAGCUGCAAGCCGGGUUGGAGUAGUAUUUACUGGAACUAGUGGGAACAGUAUGGAAAUAAAAAGUCUCGGAAAACCAGAAAGGUAUAAAUUGCUUCAUGUUUUGGAGUUUGAUCCAAAUCGCAGACGAAUGAGUGUCAUUGUAGAGAGUCCCUCAGGGGAAAAACUUUUAUUCACAAAGGGAGCAGAAUCUUCCAUUCUUCCUCGUAGUAAGAGUGGAGAAAUAGACAAAACAAGGAUACAUGUGGAUGAAUUUGCUUUGAAAGGACUAAGAACUUUGUGCGUAGCCUACAGAAGAUUCACGCCUGAGGAGUAUCAAGAAAUUGGCAAACGCCUUCAUGAGGCCAGGACUGCCUUACAACAACGGGAAGAAAGAUUAGCAGAUGUAUUCAACUUCAUAGAAAGGGAUCUGGAAUUACUUGGAGCCACAGGAGUAGAAGACAAACUGCAGGAGAAAGUACAAGAAACUAUAGAAGCACUCAGGUUGGCUGGUAUCAAAGUGUGGGUACUCACUGGAGAUAAGCACGAAACGGCUGUUAGUGUCAGUUUAUCAUGUGGACAUUUUCAUAGAACCAUGAACAUCCUUGAGCUCGUGCAGCACAAGUCAGACAGGACAUGCGCGGAGCAACUGAGGCAGCUAGCCAAGAGAAUAAAGGAAGACCAUGUUAUCCAGCAUGGACUGGUUGUGGAUGGGACCAGCCUCUCUCUUGCACUCAGGGAACAUGAAAAACUGUUCAUGGAAGUUUGCAAAAACUGUUCUGCAGUGUUGUGCUGUCGCAUGGCACCCCUUCAGAAAGCAAAGGUAAGAGAGAAUAUAAUCAGGAUUGCCUUGUAG